UGAACCAGAUCCGCGUGUUGUGCGAGAGGAAAGAGAGGAGGCGGAGGGGGAAGAAGAGGCUGCUGUGCUUUUUUUUUUUUUCUUUUUUUUUUUGGGUGGUGGGGGGUGGAAACGCCGGACGGAACCCGGGAAGGUGUACUGGUGUGCGAAUGCCCGCAACUCUCCUGAGAAAUAAUCGCGUCCACGCAAGAAAUGGCCUAGUUACAAACGCCAGAGGAUACGAAAAAGGACUUUUUUUCCUCCCACCCCCCCACCUCGGAAAGGGGCCGCCGCUGUCUUCUGAAGGUGCGAUUGCCUUCCUGACCGCUGCGUUGGACCCAUCAAGAGAUCCAAAGAGGAAGACGGACGAGCCUGCGGGCUCAAACUGAGAAUGCUACCAAAACAACCGCAGCACCGUUCCGCUCGAGGAAAACUAUUAACCUGUCCCUUUACAAAGAUCCCCUUCUUUCCGAGCUCUCCCUUAUGACUGUCAAUCUGUGAUCGUCAAGCCGAUGUUUUAUUGAGAUGACCGAAGGAGCUUUUAUUUUGGACAUGUUGUUUUUUCCUCUCAAUGCUGCCAGCCACCAAGGCUUUGGUGGCAAUCGUCAACGUAGCCCUCAACAGAACGCUAAGCCCUGUCUGGUUUGGCUCUUGUGGCUGGUCCUACACCUGACCCUCUCCUCGUGUCAACGAGUGGACAAAAACCCCGUCGUAUCCACCGGCUAUGGAAAAAUCCGUGGUAUCAGAAGAGAGCUCAACAAUGAGAUCUUGGGUCCUGUGGAACAAUACUUGGGAGUACCCUACGCCACCGCGCCCGUCGGGGAGCGCCGUUUCCAGCCGCCGGAGGCUCCGGGCUCCUGGCAGGAGAUCCGUAACGCCACCCACUUUGCCCCCGUGUGUCCCCAAAACGUUCACGGGGUCUUACCCGAAAUCAUGCUGCCUGUAUGGUUCACAGACAAUCUGGACGCUGCAGCCACCUACGUUCAGAACCAGAGCGAGGACUGCCUCUACCUCAACAUCUACGUACCGACAGAGGACGGCCCGCUCACGAAAAAACUGGACGAAUCGACGUCGAACCGGCCAAGGGAUGAAGAUAUCCGCGAUCGCCGCAAGAAGCCGGUGAUGCUGUUCAUCCACGGCGGCUCCUACAUGGAAGGCUCGGGGAACAUGUUUGACGGCAGCGUCCUCGCGGCAUACGGAAACGUCAUCGUGGUCACCAUGAACUAUCGACUGGGCGUGCUCGGCUUUCUGAGCACGGGGGACCAGUCUUCCAAGGGGAACUACGGUUUGCUGGAUCAGAUCCAGGCGCUGCGCUGGCUCAAUGAAAAUAUCGGCCACUUCGGAGGGGACCCGGAGAGGAUCACCAUCUUUGGCUCGGGGGCCGGAGCUACCUGCGUGAACCUUCUCAUCCUGUCUCACCACUCUGAAGGUUUGUUUCAGAGGGCCAUUGCUCAGAGCGGCUCCGCCAUUUCCAGCUGGUCGGUCAACUACCGACCGGUCAUGUACACCAAGAUUCUCGCCAAAAAGGUCGGCUGCACUCUGGGGGAUAUGGCCGACUUGGUGGCCUGUCUGAGGAGGAAGAGUUUCCGGGAGCUGGUGGACCAGGACAUCCAGCCCGCACGCUAUCACAUCGCAUUUGGGCCCGUCGUGGACGGCGACGUGGUGCCCGAUGACCCCGAGAUUCUCAUGCGGCAGGGUGAGUUCCUGAACUACGACAUCUUGCUGGGCGUGAACCAAGGAGAAGGCCUGAAGUUCGUGGACGACAGCGAAGGAGAAGACGGGAUAUCGGCACCCUCGUUCGACUACACCAUCUCCAACUUUGUUGACAACCUUUAUGGGUACCCUGAUGGUAAAGAUAUACUGAGGGAAACCAUCAAGUUUAUGUAUACAGACUGGGCCGACCGCGACAACAGCGACAUGCGUCGGAAGACCCUGUUGGCGCUCUUCACGGACCACCAGUGGGUGGCUCCGGCUGUGGCCACCGCCAAAUUGCACGCAGAUUUCCAGUCGCCCGUCUUCUUCUACACGUUCCACCACCACUGUCAGACCGAGGCCAGGCCCGACUGGGCCGACGCGGCCCACGGAGACGAGAUCCCGUACGUGUUCGGCAUCCCCAUGGUCGGAGCCACCGACUUAUUCCCGUGUAACUUCUCCAAGAACGACGUCAUGCUCAGCGCCGUGGUCAUGACGUACUGGACCAACUUUGCCAAAACAGGUGACCCGAACUUCCCAGUCCCCCAGGACACCACGUUCAUCCACACCAAGCCGAACCGUUUCGAGGAAGUCAUCUGGACCAAGUUCAGCUCCAAAGACAAGCAGUACCUGCACAUCGGCCUCAAGCCACGCGUCAGAGACAACUACCGGGCCAACAAGGUGGCCUUCUGGCUGGAGCUGGUGCCGCACCUCGACAGCCUCCACAAGGAGAUCCCCAGCUCCAUCACACCGCGAGUCCCGCCUGGGGAGAACCCCCGCGGUAAGGAUAACCACAACUCCGGCACCCACUCCACGCCGCACCCAGUAAUCUCCAACUACCCGCCCGACCCGGACGGUUCCGAGAGACCCCGCAACACUCCCUUCCCUCCCGAGACCAGGGACUAUUCCACUGAGCUGAGCGUGACGGUGGCGGUGGGCGCGUCUCUGCUUUUCCUCAACGUGCUGGCCUUCGCCGCCCUUUACUACAAACGCGACAAGCGCCACGAACUCAUGCAGAGGCGUCACCGCCGCCUGUCCCCGCAACGCGGCGCCACCAUGGGCAUGGGCAUGGGAAUGGGCAUGGGCAUGGGCGUCGGCCUGGGGGUGGUCGGGGCCCCGCCGCACAACGACCUGGCCCUGAGCCAGGAAGAGGAGCUGAUGUCGCUGCAGAUGAAGCAGCAAAGGGUGGAGCUGGAGCACGGCACGCCUCUCCCUUCCCGCGGCAUCCACGGCGACCUGGAACCUUUGCGGCCCUCGGUGUGCCCGCCCGACUACACGCUGGCACUGCGGCGGGCGCCGGAGGAUGUGCCGCUCAUGACGGCCAACACCAUCACCAUGAUCCCCAGCACCAUCAGCAGUAUGCAGCCCCUCCACCCUUUCAACACGUACCCGCCCGUCCCCGCCCCGUCCACCACGCCCGUCCCCAGCCACAGCAACAAUGCCUUGCCGCACCAACACUCCACUACUCGCGUAUAGGACCCGGCGCGCGCCCAUGCAUCGUCACCCUCAUCACCUUCUACCGGUCUUUACUCGGCGUUUCUCGUGAAGCCCUGAAAUAAAGCUGCAGUUUGUAAGAUUUUAAGCAGUGACAAAUACCUCUCGAAACCUCGAAAGACCCGUUGUGCGUCCAAUUCUUAUUCUUCCGCUUGGUUUUCCGCACUCGCAAGACCACGGGCCUCGUCAAACUACCGAGCUCGAGCUUCCUCAAAGUACAAAAUGUUCAGCUGCUCAUUUUCGUUUGCCCUCGUUUGGUCCCGGAAUGUUCUUUUUUUAGUCAGAAACUCAAAGGUGAACGAAGGACGCGAAAAGCCAUCGCAUUGGAGCACUGAGCCGGCGUCCAAUCAAACUGCUCCGACGUCGAGCGCCUUUCACGGUCGUUUGGACGUGCAGUGAUGUGUCGACGAGGGUUACGGACCUCGAUUCAUUUCUUUCGUUUGAGUUCGUCUGCUAAUUACGAGCACAGCUCAUAACGAACACUUUCCCGGCGCGUUCUCACGAAAUCAAAGAACAGAAUAGAAGGUUCGUUUUAUUCUCGAAGGUCGGACAAAGGUAAGAUCGAUGGAAAUCGCCGCGAGGCCAAGGCAAAAUCUGAUCGUCUCACCGCACCGAGAGAGUGCCCGGAAAGGUAUUCGGGGAUUGCUCGGAUGCCGGCGUUCCGGCCCUCAAUUCUUGAUCUUCAUACUUUGCAAAUUCAGAUCGGCGUUUGCGUUGUAAGUAGCUUCUCUUUUAGAUCAAUUAUCGUAAUAGCGUCGCCAUUUCCCAGUGUGCUAUUUCGACCAAAAACACAACAUCAGGUUCCAUGAGUGAUUUUUUUUUUUUUUUUCCCCCACAAUAUAAGACAAAAAUUGUCACGGCGUCGUCGAAGGUUCCAAGAAUACUCGGUCUACUUGUGAGGUUCCGAGCUAAAUAUGGCGUCGUCAAUCGUUUGUGAGCGCUCACAAGAAUUCCUUCGGUUUCUCUAAGCUCUGCCGGAACCAGUACGGCCCAAACGUUGCGUCCGUCGCGCGCCGGCGGUUUCUUGAAAAUUUACAAAUUGCAGCUUUGAGGCCCAAUCUGGAAGUGAGACUCGGUCCUGCGCGUCCAACGAAAUUCUUCGCUUUUUGUCAGGGCUGAGACGAGAAAGAUGCAAAUUUACAUUGGCUUUAAAAUUGGAUUUUCUACCUCAGUCUUGGAUGUUUUUUGUUUUUUAUUUGCGGGUGGCGGCGGCAGGGUGGGGGGGGGGUGCAUUUCCAGAUUGGGACUUCAACUUUUUGGGCGGUGCAUGUUAACUCUGCGGGACGCGACCUGGAAUUCGGGCUGCACAUUAUUCUCAUGGCAUCUCAUCCCCAGUGGGCUCCGCUCAUGUCCAUUUGUUUAUUUGUUCGUCUCUAAUUGCGUAUGUCUCGACACCGCUGACCCAUUCCCCCUUUUUUUGGUUUCUCUGUCGCCCACACCCCACUUUCAUCACUUUCAUUUGAUCAACCCAUUAACGUAAUGGGUCUCUCCUCUUUCAUCUCAUCAAGACUCGUUUUCCCUUUUGGAGUCUUUUAUACAAAAAUAAAUAAAAAAAAAACCACACACAAAUGUAAAUGAUGUAUUAUUAAUAAAUUGUAAGGAUAUGGAUGGGGUAGAGGGGGGGAAAGAUAUUCUGAUAUCUCAUUUUUACCAGCAUUCUUGGUGCCAAGUACUGUGAUAAAGUUCCUCUCUCGCUGGCAUCCAGUGGACUGCCUGAAGAGGUCCACCCUGACCGGAUCUUAACCGAAGGAAUUCCCAUCAUAAAAGUGCCAACCUUUUUCGCUUUUUUUUUAUUUUUUAUUAUUAUUUUUUUUUGACAAACACACGCGCAAACAACCGUGCCAGAAAAUCCUCUCCACUCUUCCACUGUGGCUGCUCAUAGAUUCACUCCGUCCUCGUUGAAGAACCCAACGUGGAGUUUUCUCGACGACGUUGCAUGAUGUUUCUCUUUAAAAAUCUGGAUGAGAACAGAACAUUUAAUUUUUUAAUUUUUUUUUUAUUUUUUGGGGGGGAAUGAGUUUGCCUACAUGACUUCUUCAUCGAUUUUUUUUUUGGGGUGAAAUCCAUUAUUUCAAACUCAGCUGCACUUUGUGGUACUUCGAGAAAUAUUAAAGUAUUAAGAGAUGAAUAUUGUGUAAAACUAUAACAGAGAGUAAAUAUUUCCUCUUGAUUUUAUUUUUGGGUUUUUUUCCCCCCCCCAAUCCUAACACGGAGGCCUCCCCCCACGACUACAAAGACUGACCCCUCGGGCCUCUCUUUGCUUAUUUUGCUCCUCCUCUUCUCUUUUUUUUUUUUUUUGUCAACAAAUGUGACGUUUGCACAGUCGCCGCCUGUGAAUGACGUGAAGAAAACACCUCAUGUUACAGGAAGCAAAGUCAAAAAAAAAAGAAAAAAAAGAAACUUGACGUGCCGAUAGUCUACAUUAGGUUCGUGUAUGUGACCAAUAUUAGCCACGUGCUUUUGUGCGUGCGAAGACUGCCAAACACUUUUAUCUUCCUCACCUCUUUUGUUGCUUUCCUCAACCAAGCGGGAGAAUGAGAUCAACCUGUGAUGGUGAGAAGCUCGCAAAGUGCGUUUCACAUCACUUGCACAACUGAACAGUUCCGAAGGGGGGCGGGGGCGGGGGACAACAAACCCCCAGUGACAUUUAGACUGGACCGAAUAGCGAUUCCGUGAUGUGAUUUGGUGAAUUUAGCUUCUCGAAACAAUCGAUGCGCGGGGCGGGGAGGGGGAUGCAUUUUUAAAAAACCUGAUUUGAAAAAAGAAUGAGAAAAUAUUUCAUGUCAGGCAUUUACUGAUAGUACAAAAUUGAGGCGAGUGGGAUUCUCUCACUGCAUCCUGUGCGCUGAGGAUAAGAACGCACGGAAGGAAGCACAGGACUGCCAUUCCUUACAGGAUUUGAGAGGACACCCCCCCCCCACCACCAAAAAAAAAAAAAAAACAAAAAAAAAAACACACGGACAAAACUGUACAUCUUUUAAGUGUAAUAGGACAAACUGGAAUUUGUAAAUAUUAUUUGUCGUUUGGUUUUGAUUGACUAGCCCGAACUUUCCGUUUGUGACAACAGGUGCAAAGCUGAGAUGAUUUACAUGAUUUUUAGCUCUUGUGUAUGCUUAAUUUGUCUUUUCUUCUAGAGCUCUUGAGCAAAUAGCCACAAAAAGUUACGGGCGAAUGAGUACCCUACCUGAAAGGGGAGGGGGAAAAAAAUAAUCAUACAAAAGAAAAAGAACUGACGAGGUCAGGUCAAUAUAGGCAUCAGGUAAUCUUUCAUAGCGUGGUCAUAAAAACGGCACGUGACUUAUCGAAGGAGUUUCGCAGGGCUUUUGAAUGAGUCCUUUUGUCGGUCAAAGAGCCAAAGAACAGAUGAUGGAGAAGAAUCAGAAAUGAAAAGCAAGGGCAACGAUUUGAAACGUGCUCCCAACAAACCGUGGAACAUUUCCCGUGAUGCUGUUCGGUUUAACUGUUAGUGUCUCACAUUGUCUCGAAUUGUCAGACGGCAAAAUCCGUCGUCGGGAGAGUUGCGCGACCUUUUGAUGCCGGUCACAUUUAAGAAUCUCUUCACGGUGAUAGGUUCAGCUUAUCGUUUACAAUUUUCUCUGCACAACGUUCACGGGUCGCAGUCGAGGAGCUCGCGCCGCCCGCUCUUCUGAAACGACAUCGCAAAGAGAAGGAGAGACGAGGUCUGGAAAAGUCAUCGGGAAAUGGAAGCACACUCAUCAUGUUUACACUAAACGGUUUUGAUGUUGGCAUUUGGUUAAGGAGAAAAGGGGGGGGUGAAGGAUUAAAAAAAAAAAACGUGGCAAUGUAUUCUUAGUAGCCGACGCCAUUUUUUUUUUUUUUGUUGGACGCGUACGAAGAAGGCUUGCACCUGUUUGUCUCGUUCAUUCCGUCGGAUUCCGCAA